GGAAUUGACUGCUUGUAUACAAUAAUAAACACCAAAAAUCCAUUCAUUGAAUGAGUUUUCAAAAGUGAUUCACAAAAAUGACUACAAAGGAGACCAAAACCGAUAAGAUCUUGGAGCAUGUGAUCAAAGAGAUAAUGUCGACCACCGAUGAGCGGAAGCGCGAGAAAUUCAUUUUGGACAACAAGAAGACCGUCGAACCGAUGGUCAAACUCUUGGCCCAAACGGUGACGAGCGGU